CGAGUUGUGUUCCUGGCUGCUCGAGCAGUCCAGUGUUGUGAGUUUCUCCGACCGGAGUAGAUGUAUACGUUGUGUGUAGUGCACAGUGAUGUGUUUGUCAUGACUCAUGUGUAGUAAUUCAGUAUUAUCAAACAGUACUGUCGAUUCUUCUGCAACUUCUAAGAGCGAGAGGAGGGACUCAUCCCCUCCGGUAACGUUUGCGCGGUGGAGUUUUUAAUAGGAAGGCCACAGGGAGAACAACCUCCUCAUCAGCGACACCGAUGUUCAGAAAAUGUUUAAAGGGAUAAAGAAACGCUUCAAUUCCUCAAGGUACAGUGAAGUGUCUUCUGUCCUGGGGUUACAAAUCAUUGUCUGGAAGGCCUAAAAAGAAGUAGAGAAGUAGAGAACCGUAUUAGUUAGCAUCCCGUACCUGAAUGGAACGCAGAUCUGGACGAGGUCGUAAAGGCGAAAGAAGUCCUCCCCCGAAUGGUGACGUCCCCUUAGACACCUCCGACAGGAAAUCCACGUCUCCAAGACAAGUCCAUCCUGCCGACCUAGGUCUAUGUGGGGCACCAUACGCCCGCCGAAGCCUAGAGCGUGGAGGAGGGGGAGGGGGAGGAGGAGGAGGCGGUGGUGGUGGAGUGGGGCGACGCGCCAAAUCUCCGCCCGUCUCACCCACACACAAUGCCACCACCACCACCGCCGCCACCACCACUACCACCACCACCACCACCGCACCCCACCUCGCCUACCCCACCACCCCCAACCUAUGUGUCACAGCAGGCAAGAUUGAGUUUAUUACACCCCCAGAUUCUACACUUUCAUCGACUGCUUCUAGAUGCUCAACGCUUAAGCUCUCGCCUACAACCCACAGUGGGGAGGAAGUGUGUUCACGAACCUCCCCUGCGUCCUCACCCACCUACAACACAGUGUACACACCGUCGAACAACCGCCAGAGGCACAGGAACGCCACGCCCCCUUCCUCGCUCUCCAGGAGUUCGGGGUCCUCCUCAUCAACCAAGGACCACGCACCUAAAAUAUACUCUGUAGAGAUUGAGAAUGAUGAAGUGAAGGGUGUAAGCAAUCUGGGUCCAGAAGGGCUCUUUCAAGACAGUCAUAAUAUUCCACAUUAUAACUUGAAUGAGUCAUUUGGCUACAAUCACAAUAAGAUGGAUACAUCUGAGAAACUUCAUGAUAAUGAGAAAGUAGAAGAACUUCGCAAAGAAAAUGAAGAUGUCAAGAUGCGUCUUUCAAAUCUCCAGAAGGAGUUUUCUUUGCUUGAAAAUCAAGUUCAUGUUUUAAUGGCAGAAAGAGAAGAGGUAGAGCUCAAGCUGAAGAAUGAGCAGGAAGCACAGGAAAUUGCUUAUGCAAACAAGUUAAUGCAGUACCAGGCAACAAUAGCAGCCCUUGACCAGUGUGCAACACCUGUAGUUGAUGAUCCACCCGUCCAGCAGGUAUUGGCAGAGGAGAGCCAAUCCAAAGCGAAGGAGAACCUUAUCAAUCCAUCUAAUGAAUUUAUACAGAAACUUAUGGAUCGCUGUAGGACCUUGGAACAAGUCAAUGCCCGUCUGCAGGUAGAAGCUCGAGCUCAACAGCAACAGUAUGAAAUAUGCUUGGAUCGUGUGGCCACCCAAGUUGUUCAAGCUUUACUCUCACAAAAGAGUCAUCAGGAGCAGUGCAUAAAACUUGCUCAUCAAGUACAAGACCUGAGAAGGCAAAAUGCAGCUUUGUCUUCUUUGGUUGGAUAUUCUGGGGUACCUCAAACUCUACCGUGUUCUCAUCGCCAUCGUUGUCCUUUGCCAUCAAGUCCUCCAAGUUUCCUGAGCUUGCCAUCAUCUUUAACAAAGAACAAACAGCAUGGUGAUGCAUGGCCAGCUGGGGGCUGGGUUGCAUCGUGGCACAUGGAAGAAAGUAGCCAGCGUUCCAGCCUUCAGCUCUUGGGUGAAAAUCGACAUAGGGCUCAGUUGAGGGAGGAGGUUGGUUCGUCUCAGGAUGGACCAUCAUCAGUUACUACUCAAACAACAACCUGUUGGUAUGACAUUGUAGCUUCUCUAGGUGGUAUAUGUCAAACCUCAACUGGGGUUUCAAGACUUAAUGAACCUAGUGUAAGUGAUGGUUGGAGCUCUUCUCAAAAAUGUAAAAACUCAAGUGAAGAUGCAGGAGCAUGUGCCUCUCCAACUUGCAUUAGUGAUUAUCCAACUAGUAAGUUUUCCCCCUUAUCAUUGGAAUCUGAAACCUCUAGUUCCAACAACUCUCCAGAGCAAAAGAAUUGUCAAGUUUUCCAGACAAAGAUAGAUAACCUAGCCUUUGAAAAAUCAAAUAUAAGCCAUAAGAAGGAAUUAUUGGAUGGUCCAGCAAGUGAUAAAAAUACCAAUGUGAUAAUGAAUAACUUGAGUAAAGAACAAAUAAGUGAUAUAUUAAAAGUUAAGGGAGAAAUUUUAAGGUCCCUGGCACCCUCUGCUAACAUAGAUUCUCCAGUUUUUGCUUGUGAUGAAAAAAAUAAAGGUAUUUUUAAUAAAAAUCUGGUCAAAGUUGGUAUUAAUAAGAAUAGUAUUGGUGAUGGUGUUGAAGAAACUAGUGAAGGUGCUACUAGAGAUGAAGGCUAUUCUACCAUGUCAAGUGAUGUACAAGCAGAGGUCAAAGACAGCAUAACUACAAGUUCUGUUACAACUGUUCAGGAAGAACCAUUAACAUUAAGCUCAACAACAGAAUGCCAGGAGCAAGAGUUUAGUCAUUCUUGUGAAACUCAGUUAAGAAAAGUACCAUCACAGAGUAAAAAUCAUACAUUACAAGAAGCACCAGAAAGUGAGAUGACUAGACAACUAGUUGAAGGGGAGUUGAAAUAUGAAGGUAAUUCUAUAGAAGGAAAUAUAAGUAGUGAAAACUUACAUAGAGAAGAAUCACGAGAUAUUCAACCUGAGAAUGAGGCAUCUAAUGAGAGAAAAGUAUCCCUAGCUGUAAACACCGAAUACUGUGAUGGUCUUCGUGUUAUAUAUGACGAAGAAGAUAAUAACUCGGAUGUCUUUUUUAUACCUAUUCAGGAGCCAGAAAAUGAAAGUCUUUAUAGGCACAGUUAUCAUGUAUCUUCAAGUGCUGAAUCCCAGAGACCUGUACGGUGUUACUCAGACUCGCAACUUUAUAUGGGAACUUCUCAUGCCCCCAAAUUUGUUCGUAGUUUGGAUCGCCAUGUUUCUCAGAAAGAUCUUGCUGAAAGAACAGCAUCCACAGAAGAAGUUUUACAAGAAGCCCGCAACACCAGGAGUCUCAAACGAACAUCAGGCCAAGCUAGCCUAAAAAGAAGAAGAAAUAAAGUUCUCCCAAAAGAGGAUUGUACAACAUCAGGCAGUAGUGAGGAAUUAUGGCCGCUGCAAGAUCAACAUAGAAAAUAUUUAUCACCCUCAUAUAGUCAUGCAGAAUUAGAAGACUGGUCUUUAGAUCUGUCCUCAGAAUACCUUAGUGGCCCUUGUGGUGAAGGGGAGGGGAGUGAGAGUGUGGGAACCACAGGUGCCCAUCAAGGUUCUUUGCCGUCCAUUCAGGAGGCCACCCCAGAUUUAGAAGAGGACAACAAUGAGUUCCUUUGGAAUGGUGCUACAUAUUUUAAAGCAGAUGUAGAUUUAAACUGGUCUAGUAAAAAAGAAUUAACCAAAAGCUGGCAGUUGGAUCACUCAAAAGAAAAUCAAACUGUGAUGUCUCCUAGAUCUGGCUGUUCUGAUCAGCCAGCUGUUUGGUCAAGCAGUGAGCAACUCUCAUGUUGCUCUGAAGGUGUGUCGAAAUGUAGUUCUGAUUUUGAAAACUUUUGUGAACAAAUCUGUAACCUUCCAGAGUUAAAGAGAGUUUCAUUUUGUAGUAGUGAGGCAGGUGGUCAAGAGGCAUCUAAAGCUGCCACACCAGAGACUUCAAGUGUAGAAGGCCAUGAAGAUGAACUUGUUGAUGAAUUAAAUAUAGAUACUGUUUUUACUAGAGAUUUUUAUCGACUUGUUAAAUUUGAAAGUAGUAAAAGUCUGGCUGCAUCUAGCAAGAGCCUUGCAACAACAGAUGGCAUGUUAACUAUUGAGAAGUUGCAAGAUUUAGAGAGUGGAGGAAAUCGCAAAGAGGCACUUGCCUCUAUGCUGGGUUUCAUAGCAGAACAGCAAAGGUACUGUCAAGAGAGAGAGGCUCAAGAUGAGAACGAUACUAGUCACUGUAAAGAUGUUAUGAGAUUAGCAAGUGCUCUGGACAAUUCUAGCUCUGCACUGACAGCCUCUAUGAUAUUCCGUGGAACUUUUCCAAAGAUGGCCUUACGAGAAAGGUGUGCUGAGAAAGCAAAACAUUUUGAUCACUUCUCAAUGAAAACUUUACCACCGCCUUUACUAAAACAAAACUCAGCUGAGUCAGCAUUGGCCAAAGUAGGCCCAUCUGUUCCUGCCAAACUAAGUAAUUCUUAUUUCAAGACAGAUCCAUUAGUGGAUGAUUUGUGUAAUAGUUAUGCCUCUGCCAAAUAUCCUUCUACUGUUGUAUUUCCUUGUGCUUCACAUUUUCCAUCCAGUUCCCUUCCAGUUUCACCAGCCACUGCCCUCCCUGAACCCUUUGUGCCUUCCCGGUCAAGUAGCUUGGCCUAUCCUCAGGUAAUUCCAACGUGUGGGUCAGAAGUUGCACCGACUCACAUCCCAUCAGGACCCCUCCUGAGUGCCUCACACCAUCCUGGUACAAAUUCCAUUGUAGAGGAGGAGCUUUGUCACCCCCAACAAGAUGCUUAUCCACGUCUGCCACCAGUACCUGAACACCAUUAUUCCACAGUUUCAUCUUUUUCACCUGACCCCAGCCCACCAGUACCCCGUCGCUCAUCUAGCAUGGCUUUCCCUUGUAACAUUCUUCCUGUUCCAGAGCACAAAGUGUCAUUAACCGAAUCUCCACCAGUACCAAAGCGCAUAACGAGUCGAGCUCUUCCUAAACCCCCUAUGCCCACUAUGGAGCCCCCUGACGUCAAACGUCCUCGAAGUUUCAUCAGAGAUGGUACUCCCAAACGCUUUAGUCUUCAAGAGUUGCAGCAUAUGGCAAGAGUUGAAGAAGAAGAAAAGCGAAAUCAAUAUGGCACUGUUAGUUCUGCGCCAGAAGCUGUCAGUCCAGGUGAUGCUGCAGGUCUUGGAACCAGCUGGGUUAGAGUUCAGCCACAUAUUGAUCUUCAAGAUCCUCAGGCCCGAGCUAGUCUGCUAGAUGGUAUGAUUGAAUCUAGUGAAGGUUGCAGCUCAGAAACUGAAGAGGAUGAAGGAGCAGCUCAUCAGUAUUCUCAACUCAGGUCAAUGCAUCGAAGUAGACGCAAACGCAAAGCAUCACAUCGUAAUGGUGGUGGCCGCAUCAUCCUAGGAACAUGCACACCCCGUCCGACCGUGAUUGGCCGUGAGGAUUUGUUUCAAAGAUAUGGUGAUAAAGAAAAAGCUGCUCUUCAGGAAUUUGAAUUCCUGUGUGACUUUUCUACUUCCCAUUCAGACCUUGGAUCACAAGAUGUUCUUGGUACCUGUAGUGGGUUAAAAGAAAAUGAUCCCUGUAGUUCUUAUUUUCAGUCUAAUAUGGGCAAAGAUGUUGGUGCUGUUCCUAAUAACUUAGAAAAAUACAUCCAUAAUAAAAAUACAAAAGAUGAGCAGAGAACUUCAAAGAUAGCUCAUGCAAAUGCAGUCAAACCUAAAACAUCUAAGAUUGAUUCAGUCAAGAUGAGCCAAGUCGAAACAAGCGUUGCCAGUGAGAAUGGUGUAGAUACUAGCAGCAUUUGUAGUGUCAAAGCUGUAAUACGUCAGCUCAACAGGAAUAUUAGUCCCAACUCAGGAAUGAAGCAACCUGCCACAACACCUAUCCCAGCUAAUAGAAGUGCUUCCAGUACAGGCUAUAGCAAAAUUAGCUCCUCCAGUAGUACAAACAAACAGAAACUGUGGAACUCAGCAAAAAGUAAAGUGAGUGACGGGAGUGUUUUGAGCAACGUCAAACUUAAACCAAUGAAUGCCAGGCAAGGAAAUUCCCCUUCCAGUCGUACUCCUUCUCCUCAGCUCAGAGUAAAAGACAAUAAUAAGUGUAGUUCAGGUGCUGCAAGUAUUGUGUGUUCGAACUCAGUUGAAAAAACACAAGGGUCCAGUACGAGAACCCCUAGUAGACCCCAAGUCAGCAAAAGUGUGACAAAAUCAGGCUCUCCAACUCGUAUCCCACGCAUUCAGGUGCCACCUACGUCUUCCAAGAAAACACAGGUAGAUUCUUCAAAAAAUCAGAAAGGAGAAGAAUAUAACAAAGACUCUAGCAGUGAACUUUCCAAACAGUCAAAACCAUGUGAAAGGGCCUUGCCUCCGAAAGGCUCUUCAUUCCGAGCAGUCAAGCCUUCACCUCGUAUACGUACUAGUGCUCCUCUGCAGCAACGUCAUUUACUGCGAUCACAGCAACCAAAUCAACAGGUGGGUGUUGGAAGAAGUCCAAGAGUUGCUAGGUUAAGAAAAACAGACCCCUUAGACUCUUUUGUAGGCAAACCUUUGUGUGAUAGUGGAUCGAGUGAGGGUUCUGAAUUGUGUGGAGGGAGACUAUCCCUCAGUGACUCCUGUGCUGAGAACUUUUCACCCAUUGACAGUGGGGAAGAAGUUUUUGAGAAAGAAAGUUAGCAAGCUUUUGAUCAUUAAGUUGCAUUGUCUCUCGCCAGAUAUGGUGCUCUAAGGAAUCUGUUUUAAUAGGUUCGCCCAUCAUUUUGUGUUCACUGUGCAUGAAUGUUCUGAGUUUUAUAUCAAGUAGCUCUGGGGUUAUUUAUUUUCCUUAAUUUAUUUUCUCCCAAUAUGCUGUCUGUUAGUACAGUACAUUCCAACUUUGUGGCCAAGACAGUGUCAGAUGAAUGGUGCAUUUAUUAGCAUUUUUAUACUUUCCUAUUUACUUUUGUAAAAUGAAGUUGUCUUCCACAGUCUUAAUACAAUAAUGAUGAUAUUGCUUAAGGUUCCUUUAACCUGCAUUUGUGUUCAAUAAUUUGCAGAAAAUGAUGUGAUGCACCUGUAACAAAUGUCAUAUUUCAUGAACAUUUAUUAAAGUACUAACACAAAUUUUCAUGUUUGAUGCAAGACUACUUUUACCGUGAGAGGACUGGUGUAAGAGAUACUUUAUAGAAAGAUUACAAAAUUAUUGAAGAAGAUUGCAUUUGAGCAGUAACCCCUAACCAUUUUGUGCUAGUCACUAUGUAAUAGGAUGCAGAUUUUUGAGUGAAUAUAUAUACAAGUACGCAAUAAAUAA